ACAUUAUCCCCCCUCUCUCUCUCUCUUAUAACUGACCAGUUUACUCGUACUUCGUCCAUUCUCUCUUUCAAGAUUUUCUUUCUCUAAAGAUGAAGUCCAUUUUAAAAUAUGUGAUCUGCUGUGGGGGUGACCCCGUCGGGGGCGAGGAGGAGGCGUCGGGGAGGGAAGACGAAGUCAAUUUCGCGGUGCCGACACCACUGCGGGAGACUAAAAGGCAGAAAUCACGACGUUACGGGACGGCCAAGUCGGUGUUCCCUGACCAGAAAAAGAAGUCGAGGUUCCACUGGCAGCCGUCGCUUUGGGCAAUUUCGGAGAAUAAAGUCGCGACGGAGAGAGAACUGGUGAGCCUCACCGGAGGACCCGAGAAGAUAAUCCUCAAUACGAAGAUGGAGAGGUCCAACACCACCAACAACAACAGGUCCGCCGCAACGUCGAACAAAGUUUACAAUUACACCCGCAGCUACCGCGACAAUUCCGGGCGAGAGGGGUCUCCAUUAAUGAUGCCAUCAUUAUCUCCACCAAUAUUCAUUUUCUGAUAAGGGGUCGAUGGAUUGUCAUCUUUCUUGUAAGAGAGAGAUUUAUUCACGGCUCAGCAGUGAAUAACUUCUUUACAGCAUCAAUCAAUCGCGAUCGUCCGAAACACUUUUGAACGGCCACGAUUAGCGCCGUAAACAACUAUUCACAGCAAAGCCGUGAAUUUUUUUUUCUCUUCUUGUAAUUACGAGUUUAAAAUAUUUGUAUGCCGCUGGGAUGCAUGUGAAUUAAUAUGCAGAUUUAUACUUUGUUGUUGUCU